UCUUUGGUACGCCGUGUAACAAUCGGUCUGGUGGAUAUCCAUACGAGCCUGAAUGGGUCUCAAUACAGCCCACAAGAAAAUCUGAAGCGAGUAUUGACCAGACCAAGUAAACCGGGAAUGAAUGAUGGAUUUGACAAUGAAAACUGUGAUUAUAUUUUACGAGUUAAUGAUGUGCUUGGAGAAGCUCGCGAUCAUCAAUAUCGCGUGAUUGAUAUGCUAGGACAAGGCACUUUUGGGCAGGUGGUAAAAUGUGAAAGACUAUCAACAGGUGAGCUGGUCUCUGUAAAAGUCAUCAAGAAUAAGGCUGCAUACCGAGCACAAAGUCAAAUUGAGCUUAAUCAAAAUAUUGAGCAAGAAGACAGACAUAGAAUCUUAAAGCUGUACCACACGUUUAUUCACAAGAAUCAUCUUUGUCUGGUGUUUGAGCUUCUGUCAUUCAACAUCUAUGAACUUAUUCGGCAAAAUAGCUACCAAGGUCUUUCUGCGAACCUUGUACGUGUUUUAACUCUGCAACUUCUGGACAGUCUAGUCUUACUCAAGAAAGCGGAUAUUAUCCACUGUGAUCUCAAACCCGAAAAUAUUCUUUUGAAAAGUCCUGAUUCUCCAACAAUUAAGAUUAUUGAUUAUGGAUCUUCAUCGAAUAAACCAUCUCGACAUGUCACAUACAUCCAGUCUCGCUUCUACAGAUCGCCAGAAGUCCUUUUAGGUAUGCAAUAUGGUCAUGCUAUUGAUAUGUGGUCUCUGGGAUGUAUUGUUGCCGAGCUAUAUUUGGGUCUUCCUCUUUUCCCCGGAAACUCUGAAUAUAAUCAGCUGGCUAGAAUAAUAGAAGCAUUUGGAAACCCUCCUCCUGGAAUGCUAUACAGAGCAAGAAAUACACCAAAACUGUUUAACAAGGUUGAUAAAGGGAAUGGGGCAUAUUCUUAUGAAUUUAAAAGCCGAGAACAAUUCGCACGAGAACAAGGAAGGGCUGAGCUACCCAGUAAGCGAUAUCUCAAGGAUAUUAGCAUCAAAGAUUUGGUUAUGAAUGCAAACAACAGUACUAUAAAAACGAAUAUGAUCAAAGGGUUCCGAGAGCAAGAAAGAGAUAUGCAAGUAAGAGAGUCUUUGAUAGACUUUCUCGGUGGUCUAUUGGCCAUUAACCCACUUCAGCGCUGGACUGCUCAAGAGGCCCGUCAUCAUCCAUUUGUUACCGGCGAGCCAUAUUUUUAUCCUUUC